AUGGUGGCCUUGACGGCUGUCCACUGGAUGGAUCUCGGCAAAGGUGGCGGGGGCGAGGUGAACGGGACGUUCUAUUCUGCGAAGGAGUGUUUCCUACAAGCUCUCUCUCUGAAUGAGACCUCAGCCGCACCUUGGAACCUACUUGGCCGUUUGGGAGGUGGGAGGGUAAAUGGGAGAAUGUUUUCUGAGAAAGAGUGUUACAUCAGAUCCCUCGUGCUGAACGAGACGAGCCCAGACGCCUGGAACAAUCUCGGGUCGCUGGGCGGCGGAGAAGUGAGGGGCAGAUUCUACACAGAGGUGGAGUGCUUCGAGAAAGCUUUAUCCUUGUGGCCUAAGAGGGAACGUAAAGGCAAUGCCGUCACCUGGACAAACGUUGGCUUUGUUGGAGGUGGCAAAGUGAAUGGGAAGCUGUACUCUAGGAAUGAGUGCUUCCAGGAAGCACUGUCGAUAGAUAGCACUUGUGCUUCAGCUUGGUACUUCCUUGGCCAGUGUGGAGGUGGGCAGGUGAACGAACAGGUUUUUUCUCGGAAGGAUUGCUACCUCAGAUCUCUCCAGAAUGUGAAUGAGACCCAGAAGACCCCUUGCCCUCUUGACAACACGAGGAAGAGAUGCGCUGGCAUACUAGUGGGGAACUUUCCGUAUGCGAACCCGAAGGAGUGUUUCCUAGAAGCUCUCUCUCUGAAUGAGACCUCAGCCGAAACUUGGAACCUACUUGGCCGUUUGGGAGGUGGGAGGGUGAAUGGGAGAAUGUUUUCGGAGAAACAGUGUUACAUCAGAUCCCUCGUGCUGAACGAGACGAGCCCGGACGCCUGGAACAAUCUCGGGUCGAUGGGCGGCGGAGAAGUGAGGGGGAGAUUCUACACAGAGGUGGAGUGCCUCGAGAAAGCUCUUUCCUUGUCGCGCGAAAAGGACAAAGACAAUGUCAUCACCUGGACGAACCUUGCCCUUGCCAGCGGUGGCAAUGUGAAUGGAAAGUUCUACUCUGCGCAGGAGUGCUCCCUGGAAGCACUGUCUCUGGACAGUACGUUCGCUGUGGCUUGGUACCUCCUUGGCCAGCUUGGGGGUGGGCUGUUGAAUGGGCAUGUCGUUUCCCAAAAAGAUUGCUACCUGAGAUGUCUCGCCUUAGAUGCGACCCAGAGGAACCGUUCCUCGCUGAACAGCAAGAGGAAGGCCGUAGCCUGGACUAAUCUGGGCAUGUGGGGGGGUGGCAAGGUACAUGGAACGUCCUACUCCGCGAAGGAGUGCUACCUAGAAGCUCUUGCUGCACACUUCAAGAAUGUGGAGGCUUGGUUCCAUCUGGGCCUUGAGGGAGGAGGGCGGCCGCUGCACGGGAGACUUUUUUCUGAGAAGGAUUGUUACAUCAGGGCCCUUUCCUUGGAUGAGACCAGUCCAACUCUUCGGAAAGGGGAGAAAGCCUUGGCCUGGACGCAGCUCGGCCUACUGGGGGCUGGCAAUGUGAGCGGCAAGGCCUACUCUGAAAAGGACUGCUACCUGGCCGCUCUCUCGCAACAUGAGAGCCCACUGGCUUGGUUCCACCUGGGACUGCUGGGAGGUGGGGAGGUCCAUGGGAGAGUCUUUUCUGAGAAGGAGUGCUACCAGAAAUCGAUCUCCUUGGAUGAAGGGUUUGCAGAUGCCUGGGACCAGUUGGCUAAGGCGGAUGGGGGAGACGUCCAUGGAAGGUCUUACUCCCGGCAGGAGUGCUUGGCAAAGGCAACAUACUUGAGAGAGCAUCCCACGAUUGAAGUCUAG